UGUGUAGUAAUUAUGUUAUAAUCAGUGCGUAAACUAUAUAUUACAAUCACAUCAUGGUCUUACCUGUAAUAAUUUUGUUAAUGGGUCUGACCACUCAGUCGCUUGGACUGUUUCAUCAGAAAUCAAUGCAGAUCUUUAAAGGACCAUCAUCACUAAGAGAAGGAUCUCUGUUUGGAUACAGCAUGUCUUAUGAAUCGAAACUUCAAAGUUUAAUAGUGAGUGCGCCGAAGGCUAAUGAUAUUGGGCGUAUUUUCACCAUCAACAUUAACAGCUCAGAAGUCACAGAUGUUCGUGUUCCUUUAAAAAGAUUAACGCCAGAUUUAAUAAAACAUGACUUCUGGUUAGGAGCUACUGUCAAAGCAAAUUCUGAUUAUUUCGUGACUUGCACUCCAAGGUACGGCGAAAUGAAAACCGCUGCAUCGGUAAAAAAACCAGCGACAGUCGGUGUGUGUUUCAUAAAACAUCAGAAUGAUAAAAUCAUACAAUUAAAAACAAUAAGCAAUGGUGAUCGAAAUCGCAAUACAGAUAUGAAAUUUAAAAAAAUGAUGGAUUCCUUCGGUUGGAGUAUCGAAGUGACGUCACAGAACGAGCUACUUGUUGGCGCCCCUGCUAUGAAUAAAGGACGAGUGAUGAUAUACAAAAAUGAUUUACGUUCAGUAACUCCAAAACUGAUUCACAAAAUAAGCUACGGGAACCCCGUUCUUUAUAACUUCGGCUACAGUAUAGCCAGUGGAAAGUUUUUCUCUAAGAAAAUCAGUUACGCAGUGAGCACGACUUUUGGCGAAUUAGGAUUUGGCAAGGUAUAUUUCUUCAAUUCGAAGUAUGAAAAUAUUGGAGCAAUCAACGACGACGAUAAUCUUGGGACGAUGUUUGGUGCUGCACUCUGUACUGCGAAUUUUGGCGUUGACGCUUUACUGGUUGGCGCACCAGCGUUUGCUGACAGCGACUACACAUACGACAUUGGUGCCGUUUAUAUUUACAUGGCGCAAUCCGGAUCUAGUUCAAACGAAAUGGCCUUAAAAAGGAAGCUCGUGGGUAAAACUAGUGGUGGUCAUUUUGGCCACGCUAUCGUGAGCAUCGGUGAUAUGGAUGGAGAUUCAAAAGAUGAAGUAGCAAUAGCGGCACCAUACGACGAUGACGGCAAAGGUGCUGUUUAUAUUUAUACUGGAGAAGGAAUUUUACAAGGAAAGCUUUUACAGAAGAUACAACCAGAAGGAUUUUAUAACUUCGGAUACAGCUUAGCAGUUGUGAAAGACUACGAUGGAAAUGGAUGUAACGAGUUGGCGAUUUCCUCAACCAAAAAUGCCAGUGUAGUCUUAUUUAGAAGUGUACCGGUUAUAACAGUGAACUUACGUACAAAGUUUCCAAAUCUUCAGGAUCACGAGAACAGAACACACUUUGAAUUUGAUUCAUGUCUAGACGUACUACCUACAAAUCCAAAGGUUUUUAGUGUUGAUUUGAUUGUAAAAAUCGAAACGACUGACCGAAAUUCAAAACUGAUAAGGGCUAAUGGAACUAACACACUGACUUACGAAGUGUCUCUGAAUGAAAAUAUUCCAUCGUAUUGCAGAAGCAUUGGAGUGCAGAGCAUACUUACUCCUGUUAAAGAAUACAAUCUAGUUAUAGCAUACAAGAUAUCAGUGUCUUUGAAAGACGAUCCCUUGAAAAGAGACGAUUUUAAUAUUUCAAGAGCGAUUCUGAGCGAACGAAGUAUUUUGAAUGUGAACGGCGAAGAAUGGACAAGUGAUUGUGGAGGUCAGCUUUGUGUACCAGUUUUGAAGCACAGUGUUAACUCUUCUAUGCCGGUACCUUAUCUUCUGGGAUCUUCGAAUAUGGAAAAAUUUACAUUAUCAGUGAAAAACGUCGGACAAACCGCGUACGGAGCGUGCGCCAUCGUGACUGUGCUCGAAGCUCGCGUACUGCGCCCCCCUCCUGGGUGCACGUUACUCAAAGACAGUACACAAUUUAUAUGCAAGCCUGAUCAACCGCUUCGUAAUGGGGAGAUCUGGAACAUUCAUUCAAUCGAAGUUGAAACAACUUUACUUACAAGUGAAAACGAUAAGAUUACAAUUCGAAGUGAUUUAUAUAAUAACUGCAACAACAAGACAGACAGAAAUAUAUUUGAAGAUAAAUUCAUUCUUCGCAGCGAUAUUGAGAACAUUUCACUUAAAGGCCAAACAAAUCCAGAAGAGACCGUUAAUAUGACAAGAAGCGAUGUAUACGAGUUAGGAAAAAGUAUGGAGCACGUUUAUACAAUAAGUAAUAAUGGAAAAACAAAUUGGAUCGGUGUCAAAAGUGAAAUUGUUUUAGACAACGUGCCCUAUAUAAAUUAUUCGGGAGCUCCGAUCACAAUUUCCAAGGACAAAUCCUCCGGCAUCGGGUGUUCUACGAUCAACAGCACUCGGACCGACUCACAAAUAAUAGUGUUAUGUGACAUUGGAGACUUGAAGAGAAACCAAAAAGCCAACGUCAUUAUUGCAAUCACUAUCCUACCAAACACCUUAGAUUUUAAGGAAGAAAAUGAAAAUGUUACUAUUACAACAACGCUUAAUUUACUACUAAACGAGCAAACUAUAUCGUUAAGUUUGAACACAAUUUUACGAUUCAUAACAGUUCCAGUCGCUCUAUGGGUCAUUAUCGCCUCGUCUCUGGUCGGAUUAUUGAUACUUGCAAUAAUAUCCUUCUCAUUGUAUGAGUGCGGAUUUCUACAAAGGAAGAACAAGGACAAACUCAAAUUGCUUAAGAAGGAAGUUCAUCGACAGAGUAUGCGUCGAUCCAUGAUGAGAGAAAGCAUGCGUGCCGCGGCAAGUCGACGAAGCACAGAAGACAACAACCAUCUCUUAAAACCUCUUCAGGAUAAUUACCAAGCGGACAUAGACAAGAAACUUUUAAAUGAACUCAAAAACAGAAUGAACUAAUUAAUAAAUGUUU